CACGGGCAGCCGCGGGGACAUCGCUCCCUGCAGGGCGGCCGGGAGUCCUGGAUCCCAGGAUGAGGAUGAUCGAGAGCGUGGACUCCGUGGUGACCCGGUCCAGCGAGGACCUCUGGGCUGAGAUCUGCUCCUGUCUGCCACAUCCCGAGCACAAGGACGCCGGCGAUGCUUUCACAGACUCCUUCAUGGAUUCCUACGCCGAGGGCAGCGGAUCGGGUGGCUCUUCCCAACCUGCCCUGAAGCCCUGGGCACCUCUGAACGACUCAGAGGUGUAUUUAGCAUCCCUGGAGAGAAGACUGAUGAGGAUCAAGGGCCUGUCCCAGGAGGUGACCUCCAAGGACAUGCUGCGCACGCUGUCCCAGGCCAAGAAGGAAUGCUGGGACAGGUUCCUGCAGGAGAAGUUUGAGGCAGAAUGUUAUGUUGAGGGCCACGAUGCUGAUGAGAGCACGCUGGAGCACCUGAAGCGCUGGCUGCAGCCUGACAAGGUGGCCAUCAGCUCCGAGGAGGUGCAGUGCCUCAUCCCGCCCGAGCCGCAGCCGGAGAAGCCGGAGGCCGAGGAGGAGCCUCCGGCUGCUGAGCAGUGAGAGCCCCCGGCCCUGCCCGGGCUGCCUCUUGUCCCAGCCCCCAGGAAGAUGUGCCCAGCCAUAGGAAUAGCAGGAAGGGGGGCACAGAGCAAAUAGUCAGUAAUUGAAGAAGUAAUUUUUAAAAGAAAGAACCCGCAACGCACCAAAUCCCAGCUCUGGAGCUCCGCAGGCAGUGGCUGGCACUGGUAGGGACGAGAGGGAACACCUGUACCAAAACCUCACGUGGAUCUUCUCCAGCCUGCUGCCACCUCAUCAUUCCAGCCUGGAUGUGGAUUGUUUGGAAUCCAUCAGGAGACACAUUAAACAACAACAACAAAAGCAGUUGUGGAGAAGCAUCAGAAAACAUCACGGUCUAGAAUAGAGCAGAGAAACCACUGAGUCACUUUGGUCCUGUCUUUUACCUUUUCAUUACUCAGCUGGGCAUUUUUUCCUCUCCUGCCAAAUCCAUUUUGGUUGUUUCUCCAGAUCUUCACUGUUUCAGUCUGACUUGGCCCCAGGCUGUGCCAGGAAGAAGAUGGAUAUUUCCCACCUCUGUGAAUUUGGGACCCUGAAGGAAGAUCUCACUGCAGUCAAUAAAUUGAUGGUGUCAUUGACAUUGUAGCUAUUUCACAUUCCUCUCUGUAAUGUACCCCCUAAUAUCCCACUUUAUUACCCAAAAUCUCUAUUACAGACUGUAGGGGGAGUAUUUUUCCUCUUGUUGGUCGUUUUGUACCUGUUCAGCCUCUCCAGAAAAAGAUCAGAUGAGAUUCUGUAUUGGGAAACCAAGAGGGGUAGCUAGGGAGGCUACAAACAACUUGUUUUCAUCACAGACAUGCAUAGAAUUCUCUGACUUGAAAUAUAUUUAGUAUUUAAUUGUUUUUUUCACCCUGCUUAACUCUUCAGAGGGUUAUUUCCUUUUACUAAUCCAAGAAUCUGUGAUAUUGUGCUGAUUUUUCGCUGAUCUGUGUGUUCUGCCUCGGCAUCAACACUGGGGGUCGGUAGAGGGAAGCAGCACAGUCUGUCAGAGCUUCUUAGGGGAAAUUGUGGUUCUAGGGGUUAAUCCUCACCGGAUUCAUGCCGUGUUCAUUUAUGUACCUGUUUGAAAAUACUUUUUUAGGAGUAAAUUUUUGCUGGAGCCUCCCAGUUUCCUGUCUCUGUACCCAAAAAGAAGCGCUGCUCUCUUAGUCACCGUGUCACAACUCAGAGGUUGUUCCCACCAUCAGCUUUCCUGGUGCAACUCCCACCCCAGCUCACCUCUCAAAAAUGUCAGGCUCAGAAUUCUCCAUUAAAACAAUCCCUUGUUUUUUAAACCUUGAGGAAUGGGGUGAAUCAUCUGAGUGCCAGUGAUGCACAAGCCUCGUGUCUUGCUGGUUUGCUCAUUAAAUGUCCCCUUUAAUUUAUGCUUUAACUGUCCUCUGUUAUGUUAAGUCUGUGUCCUUGUGCAGAUCUCUCUCACCUGAUGUGACAAAGCUGUGACAAAGAUGCAGAACUCUGAGCUGUUCCCAGAAAUGGUUUGUGCAGAGAGAGAAAGCAGUAAUUUCUUUGUCCCCAGCCUAUUUCCCAGUCAAUAAAAUUCUUCUUAUGGGUAGCAA